CCCACCGCAACGUGGUUCCGCCCUUUCAUUCAUCUCCUUCGUCAAAUCCCACAGAUCAACAGCUCACUGCAAUUAUUACCUUCUCAAAUUUCUGAAAACUGCUGUCAAAUUCAGGAAAUUCCAAUAGCCGGCGAAUUCAGAGCUACCAUGUUAAUGCUGUGAUGAUUAUGCUCAAGAAAUAUACAUAAUGCCUAUGUGUUUAUAGCAGGAAAACCUUAAAAUCAGCAAUGAAAGGCGUCUUUUCGGCGCCCGGUGAUUACGUCUAUUUCAAGUCUCAGGUCCCUCUUCACAAGAUUCCUGCAACUAAUGAGGAAGCGGAUUCUGAUGCUUAAUCCUGCUAGCUAGUAAGUGGGAACAACUGCUGUUGAGAUAGAAAGUACUUGACUAUGGGAGAUGAUGAAAUAUUAAGGCUACCGAAGAUGAGAAGCAGAGAGAGUUAAAUCUGUACAAACUGAUCAAAUGAAGGGUUAAACUUAUAUGAGAUACCUGGUGCUCUGGGGAUCUAAGGAGUCUAUCUUGAUUCUCAAUCAGGUUUUGAGAUAUUGGAUCAAAGCAGUGGCGAUAUUAUGAUUUUGGCCCGAAAGUUGUUCCCCCACUAAUAUGUCUUCCUGGUACAGCUGGAACUGCAGAUGUAUACUACAAGCAGAUAAUGUCGCUAUCUAUGAAGGGUUAUCGUGUGAUUUCCGUUGAUAUCCCACGUGUAUGGAAUCACCAGGAGUGGAUUCAAGCAUUUGAGAAAUUUUUGGAUGCUAUUGAUGUUCAUCAUAUUCAUCUGUAUGGUACUUCUCUUGGGGGCUUCCUAGCUCAACUUUUUGCUCAGCAUCGUCCACGACGAGUUAAAUCAUUGGUACUCUCAAACACAUUCUUGGAGACCAAUAGUUUUGCUGCAGCCAUGCCAUGGGCCCCCUUCGUAGGCUGGACACCUUCCUUUCUACUGAAGCGAUAUGUGUUAACUGGAAUUCGUGAUGGCCCUCAUGAACCUUUCAUCGCUGAUUCUGUUGACUUUGUCGUUGCUCAGGUUGAGACACUUUCAAGAGACGACUUGGCCUCCAGGUUGAGUUUAACUGUUGAUGCAGCAUCGGUUGGACCUCUUCUGCUUUCAGAUUCUUUAAUUACCAUAAUGGAUACCAAUGAUUUCUGUGCAAUUCCCCAACAACUUAAAGAUCAAGUAACUGAAAGAUACCCUGGUGCCAGACAAGCAUAUCUCAAGUCUGGCGGCGAUUUUCCUUUUCUUUCACGACCCGAUGAAGUAAAUCUUCAUCUUCAGCUACACCUAAGACGAGUUGGUGUUGAUGCCCGGCAAGACAUGGUCCCUGGCGUCCCAAAGAAUGAUGCUGGCGGGAGUUCAAGCAACCAAAAUGAUGAACAAGGAGGAACUGAUGAUGCACAAGAUGAUAGAACAGACUGUGGCAGCCCCAGAAAUGGAAGCGGACCACCUCUGGUUCCAGAUGGUCCAGAUUCUGGUAAUUCCCAAAACCAGCAUCUCAGCAAUGCCUAUCUAUCUAUCAGCCGUGAACACCUAGUGCAUCUCAUGCUGCUAGCUGUCAUGGAGAACGAGCAAGCUAUUCUAGCUUCUAAAGCCAUGUUGCACUUCACAUGCGAGUAUGUGAUUCUUGAUUUGCUCCGUACUUACCUAAGCAGCUUGUACAUUAAUUUGGAAGUAUAGUUGGGAAUUUCAGAAAACUCCAGAUAGAUGUAUUAUUGUACAUUAUUGUCCGUAAACUCCACUAUCAGGGAACAACUUAUCCGGAGAAUUCCCCCAUGUUGUUUUCUUGUGAGAAGCCUGCACUGUCUUGUACUGUUGUAAAACUAUACAAUUUGGUUUCCAGUUCAAAAGUCCGAUAAACCGGUUGCUGUAACGUUUCUACAUCAUUUGAAUGAAUGGGUUGGCAAUGUGGCUGUGGAAUGAGGGAAA